AUGACAACGGAAGGACAGGCGCAGAAUGGGCGGCAGCCCCUCACCUGUAAAGCUGCUGUGUGCUUCGGUCCUGGCGAGCCGCUUCAAUUGACGGACGUGGUCGUCGAUCCACCCAAGGAGGGCGAAGUGCGCAUCAAGAUCUUGUACUCGGCUCUGUGUCACACCGACGAAUUCACGCGAAGCGGCGCGGAUUCGGAAGGUCGUUUCCCGUGUAUCUUGGGGCACGAGGCGACAGGCGUCGUCGAGAGCGUCGGCGAGGGCGUGACAACAUGCGAAGUCGGCGAUCUCGUCAUCCCCUGCUAUCAGGCGCAGUGCUUGGAAGGAGACUUAAAGGGGCGCAAGUGCCCGAUGUGUGUCGGCUACGAGAAGCACAAGACGAAUCUGUGUGGCAAAAUCCGCGCCUUCACGGGUCAGGGCGUUAUGGCCGCUGACGGGAAGCCUCGCUUUACGCUCAAGUCCGACGGUUCCCCCAUCUAUCAUUUCAUGGGGACUUCCACGUUCUCGGAGUACACUGUGUGUCACCAGGAGUCUGUCGCCGUCAUUGCGCCUGACGCAGCUCCUGAGAAGGUCUGCCUUCUCGGAUGCGGGGUCGCGACGGGCCUAGGGGCGGUGUGGAACAGUGCGAAUGUUGAGCCGGGCUCGACUGUGGCCGUUUUCGGACUUGGAUGCGUCGGGCUCGCAUGCAUCGAGGGCGCCAAGCACCGGGGGGCGAAAGAAAUUAUUGCCAUCGACUUAAAUGCACAGAAAUUCGAGCUCGCCCGCCAGUUCGGGGCGACCAAGUGCGUCAACCCCGCCGACCAUGGAGACCGCCCGAUCCAAGAUGUCAUCAUCGAGCUUACUGACGGCGGAGUCGACUAUUCCUUCGAGUGCAUCGGGAACGUCAAGGUGAUGCGCGCGGCCCUCGAAUGUGCGCACAAGGGCUGGGGUGUCUCCACAGUUGUCGGAGUGGCCUCAGGAGAGAUCUCGACGCGUCCCUUCCAACUGGUCACCGGUCGCACCUGGAAGGGCUCGGCGUUCGGUGGCUGGCAGUCGCGCGCCGAGGUGCCCAAGCUCGUGCAGAUGUACCUUAACAAUGAAAUCAAGCUAGACGAAUACAUCAGCCACCGCAUGCAGCUCUCGGACAUCAACGAGGCGAUUCGCCUCUUGCAUGCUGGCGACGGCAUCCGCACGGUCAUGAAGAUCGCCAGCGAGUAG